UAACCAACCUCAGCAGCCGAGAUUAUUUUUUAAUUAAUUACCUAUCUCUAUGACUCUAUCUGUACCUGAGCUCGUGAAAGCGUUGGCAUGGAAUCCUUCUACCGCCACAUUUCUCUUACAUUAUUUGUGUCAGACGAAUUUUAGCUCCAAUUCCAUAGAUGAAAGUUACAAAAUACUGAAAGAACGAAGAAAGCUCGUCUGCUUCUGGUCGUAUAGUUGAAGGAUCCGAGAAGCUUCGAAAUUUGGAUACAAGCUCGAGCUUCGAUUCGACAUAUGUGUGCUAUAAAAGUCGCCUUUUUUUUGGUAGAAGCUAUCAAAGUAGCCACGUGCUUCCGAAAUUACCCGCCUGAAACGCUAGGGUGCUAUAACUGUAAUCACCGGUUCCGGAUCAACGCCUUCUACCACUCGAAAAUGGAAGCCGUCUCUGACGCUGCCAAGCUCCGAUCGGAUUUUCUUCAUGUUCUGCGCAGCCGACGACCCAAAGAAGUUCCACUUUCAGUGGAGAUUGCAAAACCCGUAGAGAAUCCAAUGUACCAAGAUAACCCUCCAAGAAAUAGUGAGGCAAUGGAAUCUUGCCCUAAGGAGAGCAUUGAUAAUCUCAAGGAUUUACUGAAAGAGGAGAACCUUUACUUGAUGACUGAGGCAAGUGAGCAAGGGCGUUUACCUGUUUUGAUAUUGAGCAUGAAAGAUGACAAACAUCAGAAAAGGCCAGCUAUUGUAUUUUUACACAGCACAAAUAAAUGCAAGGAAUGGUUGCGACCAUUACUUGAGGCAUAUGCUUCACGGGGGUAUGUGGCUGUUGCCAUUGAUUCUAGGUACCAUGGUGAGCGGGCUAGCAACAAAACAACAUAUCGAGAUGCUCUUGUAUCAGCAUGGAAAAAUGGUGAUACAAUGCCUUUCAUAUUUGAUACGGUGUGGGACUUGAUAAAACUGGCAGAUUAUCUCACACAGAGGGAGGAUAUUGACCCCACUAGGAUAGGGAUUACUGGCGAAUCACUAGGAGGAAUGCAUGCAUGGUUUGCUGCUGCUGCAGAUACCCGGUAUGGAGUGGUUGUUCCUAUAAUUGGUGUUCAGGGAUUUCGAUGGGCCAUUGAUAAUGAUAAAUGGCAAGCUCGAGUUGACAGUAUAAAGCGUGUUUUUGAAGAAGCACGUGUUGAUUUGGGAAAGACUGAGAUUGAUAAAGAAGUGGUUGAAAAGGUAUGGGAUAGGAUUGCUCCUGGUCUAGCCUCACAGUUUGAUUCACCUUACACAGUUCCAGCUAUUGCACCACGUCCUCUGCUGAUUGUAAAUGGUGCAGAAGACCCUCGUUGCCCUCUUGCAGGUCUGGAAAUUCCAGUAUCAAGAGCACAAGAGGUUUAUAAAGAAGCUAAUUGUCCAGAAAAAUUCAAGCUGGUGGCGCAACCUGGGAUCGGGCACCAAAUGACAUCAUGGAUGGUAAAAGAAGCGAGUGAUUGGUUUGACAACUUCCUCAACUGAGAAUUUAUUGGUUACCAUCCUUCUACGGGAUCAAGUUAUUUAGCAUAUCCUGCAGAUUUAUAAAGAUUUGCAUUUCAGUUUUCUGUUAUGCCACGUAUUUUCCACCAUCACUUCUGUAGGUUUCUUUUUCGUGUGGAAAUGCAAAUUGGUGCAUCUGCUGUUGUAUUUAGAAAACUUAUUUGCAACUAACAUGCAUUAAUAAAUAAAGAAUGCUACAAUGAGAUCUAUGUUUCCUUUUCA